AUGGCUGCUUCGGCCUUGAAAACUGCACAAAGUUACCGGUGCGCUGCCAACUUCUUUUCUCAGGACUUCUUGUGGCUUGCGACCCAUAAGAUCCCUAUCAAUUUGGGCCAAGUGAAACAGAUUCAAAACUAUUGGUUUCCCAAGGAUGACGAGCCUCCCAAGCUGUGUCCCUUUGUUGUCACAGUUGCAGUGGAUUCCCAUAAGUGCUCUGGCGAUCCUCCGCAAUCGGGGUGGCCACGGCUGAGUCCGGCCGAGCCCGUGCAUGCGCUGCUGUUUGCGGCAGCUGAAGCAAUCAAGUCGAAACAGGGCGCCAAUGUGCUGCAAGCCUUUAAAUCUUGCUUCUUGACAUGCACUUUCGUCUAUGAAGUUGUGCCUGUGGGUGAAGCUCGAUACUUUAGGAGUCUAAAUAUUCGAGAGGAGCAGGUUGAAAAAGGUUUGGCGGUGCAAAUGAGCUUGAGACAGCGCAUCUACGACAUUGCUGGGUUUGCUGAAGCCAAAAAAACCACGGAUGGUAUUGGGUUGGUGGACGGCUGGCGCAUGGGUCACUUAGACCCAGGGGUUUUUGUGAUCGCCAAGCUGAAGGAUAGCAGGGCAAGCUAUGUGGAAGUUUUGAAAUCGAAAAGAAAAGUUCGUGACUACCUCCUCGGUGACUGGCUCAACUCGCUGCCCAUCAAUGACGAAUGGAAGAAGAGAUCCGGGAUGCUGGCUGCUCCGGUCGGCGUGCUUCGAAUCGCAGAAUUCUUUGACCAGAUCAUUUAUGGAAACGAGUUCGACGGCCGCUACAAAGAUGGAAUCAAAAUGAAACAUGACGUAGCUGAUUUGUUGGAAUAUCCGACGGUGAAGUCAGUCUUGCAAGAAUUGGAAGCAGCUGUGCGAUCAGAACUGAAACCGGAAAAGUCUGCAGAGCCUGUCACUGUGGAGGAGACGGCGCCAGCUGCUCCGGCUACUGCACCGGCUGCUGCGGCCUCUGAAGCUGCUUCGGCUUCUGACGCUGCUCCGGCUGAAUCUGCUCCAGCCAAGCCUUUCGACCGCCUUUCAACAGAGGAUCAAACAUUGUGGCGGCAACAGAUGCGCAAAGUUUUGCAGCAGCAUGUCCGAUUUGUUUGUGACCACAAAUCCAGCGCUGAACUUGAAGAAGCUCUCAAAGACACACCUUUCAUUUCCCUCCGGGGAGAUCAAACAGGUUUGUGCCUUUACCAUUUCGAUCUGAAGAAGUACGGCGAGCCGACAACUCGUCCAGACGUUCGUGUGCCGACAUUCCGUGAAGCAUUGUACGGCCGCCUGGUCAAAUCGAUCCUGGCAGCACGCAGCGCCGCGCAAGGAUUGCAAAACUCAAAUCUUCAGGCUGGAGAAGUUGCAUUGAUUUUAGAUGGUGGCAAACGCGGCCUGAAGAACAAGUUGCUGCAUCCAUGGCGAGAAGGAACUGCUUCCAAGAAUGCUGACGAUGACGCUGAAGAAGACGGUGCAGAAGCAGACAUGGAAGAAGACGAUGGCAAACCAACCUUUUUCGCCGACUUGUUGCAGAUCGCCUACUCUGAAAGUUCUUUGGCCGCCCGCAAGAAGAGGUUGCGAGGAAAUUUCAACUUGAAGCAGAUCGAAUGGUGCCAUGUCCUCAGCACAAAGAAACUUUCACUGCCAGUCAAAGAAAGACUUCAUUACGCAGGGUUGACAAAUGGAGACUUGAUUUGCAACGUGCACCUACCAGGGUGGAACGAAGAAUGGCAAUUGCCGUGGAAAAUGAAAAAGGAUCUUUACGGCAAGAAGCACCUCAUUGCAGUGGGUUCAAAAACCGAAGGCGCCGAUGACCAAACUCCGUAUGCUGACCGAAGAAACAAUGGAAAGGAACCAGUCUGUUUUCACAGUCCGCCAGAAGAAUUUUACGCAGAGCUGAUUCAUGACUUUUACGUCAAGCUCAUUUUGGAUCUUACACCAUCAGACGGCAAAAUGGCUGUUUCGGCCAUAAAAAGUCGUGUGGGGUAUGUCGGUGUGUGCUACAAUCCUGAACACCAAAGUCUGCUGGAAGAACGCCUGCUGGAAGUCCUGGAGAUGGAAAUGAGAAACAGCGGAAGCUCUCUUUUCUCAGCUGCCUACUGCGAAGCUGUCGGUUGCAGGACUGCUUCGGCCUUGCCUGGCGAAGAAGAGUUGAAAAAGAAAAAUCCGAAGCCCGUGCCAAAAAAGAAGGCCAAAGCCAAGCCGAAAGCUAAGUCGACAAGAAAGCGGGGUAGCCGAACCGCAGAGAAAGACAAAGAGCCGGCAGACGACGACGAUGACAAAAACAAUGACGACGACGAGAAUCAAGGCGGUGAGGAAGAGGACGAAGAAGAAGAUGUGUGGGACCCCUUCAACGACGAGUAG